AUGUCCUUCUUGGGCUUUGUGAUUUCCCCUGGGGUGGCCCAAAUGGAUCCCGACAAGGUCAAGGAGGUCUCUGAGUGGCCUGUUCCCUCUUCCUGUAAGGAACUGCAGUGCUUUUUGGGGUUUGCUAACUUUUAUUUGAGGUUUAUCAGGAACUAUAACAGCAUCGCUGCUCCCUUGACCGAAUUUACAUCUUCCAAGCACCCCUUUUCAUGGAUUGACCAUGCUGAGAGUACCUUCUCUUCUCUUAAGAACAGAUUCACCAUGGCACCUGUUCACAUCAUCCCUGACCCUGCCAUUCAGUUCAUCCUUGAAGUAGAUGCCUCAGACAUGGACAUUGGGGCUGUCCUGUCCCAGAGGUGA